GUGUGUGUGUGUGUUUAUAUCACGAUCAUCUUGCACGUUAUAAUGUCUAGCUACAUACCAAGAAGAGUGUGCCCAAGGUACGGUGUUAAGUACGUGCCACAAAUCGUGGUUUUGCUGGAGUGCAGCUGAUUCUGAAUAUGCGCUUUUGUAUUAUUUCGUUAGCGGGUCAGAAAUGUCACUCGACAACAGUAGAAACUGGCAUUUUAAUUUGAUAUAUUUGCAGUCAUUAUGCGGUGUAAUGUACCAAACCGAAUAAAAACGACUCGCCGUACUGGUGGAGAACACGUUGUGCUGCAGACGUGCCCAUUCAUCUAAACAACACAAAAACAAACCGUCAUAUUUUGGAGUGUCAGAAAUUUAUUUAUUUUUUGGCAUCAAUACCACAUGAAAUCACAUUUAAUUAGAUUUUUGCAACAGGCGGUGAGGAGGGACAAGAAGAUACACGACAAACUGAAAAAAAAAACAAAGAAAGCAAAUUGAUCGUUCUGAUUUAUUACUCUGAAUAAUCCGAUAAACUCCGGUGGAAGUGUUGCUGCUGCUGUUUUUAUUUUUGUAUUUUUUUUCAUUAAAAAUGGAAGGUGUCGGAGAUUUUGAAUACAGCAGAAAGGAUUUAGUCGGUCACGGAGCCUUUGCGGUGGUUUUCAAAGGUCGACAUAAAAAGAAGACAGACUGGGAGGUGGCUGUCAAGUGCAUCAAGAAGAACCUGUCGAAAUCCCAGAUCCUGCUGGGCAAGGAGAUCAAAAUAUUAAAGGAACUGCAGCAUGAAAAUAUUGUGGCACUCUACGAUGUACAGGAAACUCCAAACUCUGUCUUUCUGGUGAUGGAGUACUGCAAUGGAGGGGAUCUAGCGGACUAUUUGCAAGCGAAGGGCACUCUCCGGGAGGACACGCUCCGGGUGUUCCUACAGCACAUCGCCGCCGCCAUGCGCGUCCUCAACAGCAAGGGCAUCAUCCACCGGGACCUCAAGCCGCAGAACAUCCUGCUGUCCUACGUGGGGCGCAAGAAGGCCGGCCUGAACGGCAUCCGCAUCAAAAUAGCUGAUUUUGGGUUUGCUCGAUACCUGCAGAAUAACAUGAUGGCUGCCACCCUGUGUGGGUCCCCUAUGUAUAUGGCUCCGGAAGUGAUCAUGUCCCAGAACUAUGAUGCCAGGGCAGACUUGUGGAGUAUUGGCACGGUGAUAUACCAGUGUCUGGUGGGGAAACCACCCUUUCAGGCAAAUAGUCCACAAGACUUGAGGCUUUUCUAUGAAAAGAACAAAGCGCUGUUGCCUAACAUCCCGAGAGAGACUUCCCCUCACUUGGGGGACUUGCUGCUGGGUCUGCUGCAGAGGAAUCAGAAGGACCGCAUGGAUUUCAACACGUUUUUCAGUCAUCCUUUCUUGGAGCCGUCCUCAGCCAUUAAGAAAUCCUGCCCAAUGCCCGUGCCUGUACCCAGCUACCCCAGCUCCGUGUCCGACAGCUCCAGCGGCAGCUCGCCUUCCUGCCGCUUCGCCUCCCCGCCUUCUCUCCCGGACUUGCAGACGCUCCCCGAGGACACGCUCUCCUCCCCCCCCCUCGGCCCCCCCAACUACCUGCAGCUGUCCAAGGAUUCGGGGGGCAGCACCAGCAGCAAGAACUCCUCGUGCGACACGGACGACUUCGUCCUGGUGCCUCACCUCUCCGCAGACCAGUCCUAUGAUUUGCAAAUGGGGGCAGGUAGACGUGUUUCCAGCGAGUUUCUGAUUUGUGGAGGGCAGUCCCUUCUGAUCUCCUCUGGGGGGUCAGGACCCUCACAGCAGCCGGCAGAGACCCCCACGUGCAGCUGCAGCCCCCCUGCCCUCUCCCUCAGGCAGCAGCAGCAGGGGCACCCCCCCGCGGCGCCCCCCCGCAGUGAGACCACCCCCAUCCCGGUGCCCACCCAGAUCCGCAACUACCAGCGCAUCGAGCAGAACCUCUCCUCCAGCCCCACCGCCACCAACCUCUGUGGCUCCCCCAGGUCCGGGAUGGUUCGCCGGUCCAACACCAGCCCCAUGGGGUUCAUGAAGGGGGGCUCGGGCUCCCCCUCCCCUGCGGACGUGGCCCAGGCCGUGGGCAGGCGGAUCUCCAUGGGCUCGUCCCGACCCUACUCCCCCUCCCCCCUGGUCGGCACCAUCCCUGAGCAGCUCGGGCAGUGCUGCUGCGGGACCCCCCAGGUGCACGAGUCUCGAAGCAGGAGCUCCUCGGGGGGCUCUCCUGUGCCCCCCUCCCAGCUGCUCGGUGCCCGCCUCCCGAGCGCCCCCACCCUGACAGACGCCUACCAGAACAAGCAGAAGCUCCGCAAGCAGCACUCUGACCCUGUGCACCCCACCUCAGGGGCGUACCCCACUAGCCACUCCCCCCAGAUGGGCAGGCCAGUCAGCCUGGGAACCUCCCCCACCAAGAACCUCGGCUCCUCCCCCCGCUCCUCCGACUGGCUGCAGAAGACCCCUCUGCCCACCAUCAUUGGCUCGCCCACUAAGACAACGGCACCUUUCAAGAUCCCUAAAACUCAAGCCUCUUGCAAUCUGCUUGCCCUGGUUGCUCAGCAGGGAUUGACAGACAGCCCAAGUAAAGCUCUGACGGACCCCCGGGAGCUGUGCACCUAUCAGUGCCCCCCCCACCCCGGAGCCCGACAGCCUCCCCCCGAGCACAGCAAGACCACCUUCGGCAGGUCUGUCAGUGCAGGGAGGCUCUCCGAGCAGCCGGUCAGAAUCACGCUUGGCGGACAGCCCUACCAGGGGAGCACAGACAGCCUGAACACCGAGAGACCCAUGGACACCGCCCCGGCCGGGGCCUAUGGCAUGCCCACCCUGCAGGGCGCCAGCCCCCGGACUGUGAUGUUCACUGUGGGGUCACCUCCCAACAGCACCACCCCUCCCACCUGCAGCCACAUGGGGAUCAGGCCCCGCACCACCUCUGUGGGCUCUAACAGUUCCGCAGGCUCGCUGUGCUCCACGAGUGGGCGUGUCUACAUGGGCUCCCCCCCCGGCGUGGUCAUGGGCACCUCCCCCCCCGGCGCCGAGGCUGCGCCCAGCAGCCUGAGGUACAUCCCCUAUGGAACAUCGCCCCCUAGCUUGGAGGGAUUCAUCACCUUCGAGGCUCCGGAGCUGCCAGAGGAGACGCUGAUGGAGAGGGAGCACACUGACACUCUGCUGCACCUCCGCAUGAUGCUGUCCUUCACAGACUGCGUCCUGGAGAUCGCGACGGCGCGGGGGGGCGGCUCGGAGCUGGGCGUGUCCACAGCCUCGCUCUACCCACCCCAGGACAGCGUGGUGGUCGAUCAGAUCAGCCAGCUCAGCAAGGAGUGGGGGCAGGUGGAGCAGCUGGUCCUCUACAUGAAAGCAGCACAGCUCCUCGCCUCCUCUCUGCACCUGGCCAAGGCUGAGAUCAAAUCGGGCAAGCUUAACCCCUCCUCUGCUGUCAAACAGGUGGUGAAGAGCCUGAACGAGCGCUACAAGAGCUGCAUCUCCCUGUGCCGGCGGCUCACCGAGAGGCUGAACCGCUUCUUCUCAGACAAGCAGCGCUUCAUGGACGAGAUCAACAGUGUGACGGCAGAGAAGCUCAUCUACAAUCACGCUGUGGAGAUGGUGCAGUCUGCCGCUCUGGACGAGAUGUUUCAGCAGACGGAGGACAUCGCCUUCAGAUACAGCAAGGCAGCCAUGCUGCUGGAGGGACUGGGCAAAGUGCUGCAGGACCCAGCCGACAUCGACAGCGUCAGCAAGUACAAGGCCAGCGUGGAUCGCAGACUCUCAGCACUUUGCAACUGUACAGUGGCUCUGUAUGAGUAGAUCUACCCAAGAGAGGACCAGCAGCCUUGCACACCCCGGGACCACUUCAACUGCAUUAAAAAAACCUGUCAAGAAUCCAGACGCUUUCCCUUUCAGGAAGUUUCAGAAAACAAUUAAAAAAAAAAGCAGGAAAUGGAAUAACUGCCACCCAGAGCAAGGGGGUCAGAGACAGAAACGAGUUACCAAAGAAAUCUCUCCUGCCUGCAGAGUGAAUCAGACCCCCGCUCAGAGACUCUGCCAACAAAAGAGGACAAGAUGCAUUUUUAAAUAAAACAAGAGGAAAUAAACUUGCACAGAUAGACAUAGCUACGAAACAGUUAGACCUUGCAUUGCUCUCUUCUUCUUAUUAUUGUUAAUUUAUUGGACGAGGGGGAAAAAAACAGACUUUCUAAUGGUUGUAAAUGUGUAAAAAAAAAUAAAUAAUAACCUUACUGUUCUCCAAAAAUAAAAAUGCAACAAAAAAAGAGAUUGAACGGACCCAGGAUGCAGUGUUGGGGUUCCUCUGUUUAAUUCAUGAACCAAGCGAGACACUGGAACACAUGGACAGACAGUGACAGAACCUGGAGGGACUGACAUUUCUCAGUUUUUUUUUUCUGGUUACCAAAAGCACUUUAUUGAUCAAGAGGAGACGUGGACAGACCCUGAAGCAGACCUCUGGAGCAAGUCGGGAGACGUGAAUUUGGGGAAAGGGGUGGGGGGGGAAGAGACAGUUCCUUCCCUCCUCCCUCCCUCCCUCCCUCUCACACACACUGUGUUGCACUACUCCCUGAACAUUCUGCUUGCUUACUGAGUCAGUCUCUGGGACUAGAGAUGGAGCUGAGCCACAGAGAUCAUGGAAAAGCUGUUCUUCCGAAGGUCCCUAACGGUUGCAAGCGGUUGCAAACCCAAGCCUUCUGCACACAAACUCCCUUAAUAGACUGCGGAGGCCACUGAAAAUGAAAAACUGUGUGGUGCAUCUACAAGCCUUUUUAAAUCUGUCAUACUUGAGAAGUUACAAUAAUGACUAUUGUGUAAUAAUACGGCUGUUGUUUUUAUUGUUGUUAUUACUGUUGUUGUUAAUAUUAUCAUAUUCAUAUUUGUUGUUUUGCAGAGCGAGUGGGUAAUCUUUUGCUAAAUGUUUGCUAUAUGUAAAUAUUUUUGUAGCAUUGUAUGUUGUGCAUGUGAUUUCUUUUUUUUGAUUUUUUUUACAUUUUUUGCGUGUGUGUGUGAGAGAGAGAUUGCAUAGUAUCUGUAAUGCUAACUUUUACUGUAAUCAGUAUUAGGGUUUGGAGUAUGAUACAAGUAAAUCCAUAACAGGCAUGUCCAGAAGGAUAUCAUUAAAACAUGUUUAAGUGAAGAAA